AUGGACUCAAGUCAGCCAAAGGCUUCGGUGCAGUGUCCGAUUGCGCCUUUGCCCAGCGAGAUCCCAUGGCCCCGCUUCCUUGCUGCAGCACCCAUACAUUCGGCAGAGGCUUCGAGCGACUCUUCAGAUUACAGUCCCUCUGACGACCAGAACCUCCAAAUAUGGUUGGGCCCUGCAACAUUGCCUGGGAAGCUGGAAAACCUCCGGAUCAAUCGAUCCGACAUUUCCUCGGCAGCAAACUGCGAGAGUUACAGAUCAUGCGUAAGACUGAGUGACUACAUGCGACUUCGUUCGGAAGACCCGCAGAGACCGGAUCUCUCAUUCGGCAGCCUGCUACACGUGGGUGAUGGAUGCAAUUCGCUGUGCUUGAUUUGUAGUUAUCACAAGCCCCCGGCACGCUCCUGCAAGAAUGGAGUCUUUUGCGACUUCUGUCACUUGCAUGACGGACGGCGGAACAGCCGGCGCCGGAGGAGGGAGGCGACCGGGCCGGCGGCUGGUCGAAUGAGUUGGGCCGACACAGAAAUCCCAGUGCUGGAGGCAAUCCGCUUCUAA